GAUUUAUACUAUAAGAUGCGCAUGGAAAUUACAAAGACACAGCUGGCUCUAUUACUGUUGGCUACAGUGUUUUUGGCGUCUGCAUUCACUCCAGUCGACGCCAAUCACAAGGACAAGGAGAAGGAUGACGACAAUUCCAACACAAUGGAGACUCCACCAUUAAAGCCAAAGUCACCAACUGAGGCCCAAAUGAUCAAGCUGGCACUGACGACGGUGCCCUCUCAGAUGAUGGUGUCAUGGUACUCAUUGCAGCCAAGUGGAAGUCCACUCGUCAAAUUCUCAACCAACAAGGGCAGUCUCCAAGAGACACUGGCCGCUCAGCCAGGCUACAAAUCAGCAUUCCCAGUGUUCAACAUUACUGGUGUCUCCCAGCCAUUCCAGACAUGGGAGGGUUACUCAAACACCGUGGUAUUGGACAACCUCAACCCCAUGACCACUUACUACUACGUGGCUGGCAGCACUCAACUCAAUGAGUGGUCCACCAUCAGCAGCUUCAAGACCAGCAACUUUGCCUCUACAUCCAAGGCAGUCUAUGGAGGUAUGUUUGUAGACACAAACCCAAAUGAUAACUCAAUGACACGCACACUAACACAUAGACCAAACAAUCAGAUAUGGGAGUUGGAGGAGGAUUCAAUGAUACUAUCUCUGUUCUCCAACAGAACCUUGGUGAAUACAACAUGGUGUUCCACGUUGGUGACAUUAGUUACUGUGACUACGAUAACGCAAUGCAGGGAAAUCAAUCUGUGUUCAACUACCUCAUGA